UCUAUUCGAUUUGGUAAUUCAUAUUUCUUACUGAUAAUUUCAACGACCGUUAAAAAUAAAAGUAAAUGUGAGAACUCAGAAGUGCAUCGCAUUAACUACAAAAGUUUAAAGUACUCUUUAACUGACUAAUGACUAUAGUCAGCAGUUGGCAGUUGCCAAUACUAUAAUAUAACCAACAGCCAGAAUAUUACACUGCAAUAUAGUCCGGAAUCCGGAUUCCCAAAUAAAACACUAUUUUUAUCGCAAUACUUACUUGUGUUUGGCUAGUAAGAUUUAUAUUAUUCUAUUAAUCUAAUGGUUGUAUAAUUAUUAAAUUAAAUUUCAAAUAGAGCAAAGUUUAAAUAAUGUCUUCGAACACAUUUCGUGUACAUAAACAGACAGCGAUAAAUAAUGAAAAUCCAAUUAAAAACAUAAAGGAUAAUCAGCUUAAAAAUCGUAAAAAUACUGCUCUUAAAGUUUUGACCAAUACAGUACAAUCAAGCAAAAAGUCUAAUGGCAAAGGAUUAAAAAUACAGAAAACUGUACCUAUGCAAAAGUUUGUGCCGGAAGUACAAUGUAGUUCUACAUUACAAGUUCUCACACAUGAACAAAAUGAAGAAUUAACACAUUUUGGUUGCAUGUCACAUCAGAGUGAAGAUACUUUGCCUUCAAGUAUGACAUGUAACAUUGCCAUGUUAAGCGAUUAUUUCAAUACUAAUACCAUUAAUGAUGAUAAAGAUGAUUGGUUUUUAGAAGAUUAUAACAAAAUCAUGAAGGAUAAAAUUAAAAAUACAUUUGAAUAUUUUGGAAAACCUGAAAUUGAAGUGCCGUUGCUUUCAUUGCCUCUAAUGGAGUUCCCAGAAAUUUCUUUUGCAUAGUAUUUAAAAAAUAUUGUUUCACUAAUAAAAAAUUUAAAGACUGCCUAAGUUUUUAUCAUUUAUGUAUAAGUAGCUAUAAAUUUUUAUUUGUUCGUAAUUAUUAAACAGUUAAUGAAUUUUUUUUUAAAUGUCUAAAUGACAAAGAAGUUUUUUUUAAAAAAAACUUUUUUUUUUUGCGUAUUGAUU